AAAUCGUGAUUGGUAAAUCUAUAAUAGAAAUUGAUGUGCUCACUAAGACUACAAAUAUAAUAUGAACAGAACGUCUAUGAAUUCAAAUAAAACAGUUUUCUGAAAGUUGAUAAAAGAUAGCACCCCUUUAAAGAGUUGGGGUUACUGACUCUGGCAUAAUCGCUCGCACGCAUUGUUUUUUAUUGGGUCUAUGAGAAUGCGGCUAUAAACGGGGUGGUCUGACGCCCCUUUCAUGGAACGCAUUUGUAUUAGCAACAAAGUGAACCAAAGCAAACAAAAGGAGUGCAUUGAAAUGACAGCAGUAUCAAACUUUUAAAACUCCAUUGACGUUUUUUUUUUUAUUCAUGUUGAUGGGAUGAAAAAAGCUUGCAAAUCAUGAAUACCUUGUUUUGUCGUGUGUGACUGGAACGCCUAUUUUUUUAUCCCCGCCCUCUUUUCAUGUGAAAAACAAAAUACACACAGUUUUUUUCUCUUCUAACUCUUAAACAUCAUGACCAUUUACACCUCACUCAAGGACUACGUUAAGAGACAUCGUAAUGGCUUAUUAAUAACAGCCACGAUUGCCGGUGGUAGUUAUUUUGCAGGAAAAUAUGCCACUUCUAAAAUCAAGAGCAUUUCAGAGAAAUCUACUGCCGAACGAUUAGCCAAAGAAAACUUGAAGCGUCGAUUUCAACAAAACCAAAACGAUUGUGUAUUCACAGUGCUGUCCCUAUUACCAACACUGGGCGAUCAAAUUUUGCACGAAAUGAAUAUUGAAGAAGGGUGGGCUAAAUUACAAGAAACCAGACGUCUGGAAAAGAUUGAAACUCGACUGAGAAAGGAAAGAGAAUUGGCCGCUUCUGCUAGAGAGGAGCAAGAAGCACAGACAAAAGAAGUGAGCGAGUCCGUGGUGAUGGUGGAUCAUCAGGAUGAAGAGCAUAAAGUGGAUAAGGAACAAAAACAUGGGGAAAACUCCACUGGGUUGGAUACAAGUGUCAAUAGUUUAUCAACCUCUUUUGUGGCAGAACAGGAUCAUCCCCUCCCUGCAGGUAUUCUGACUAAAAAGGAAAAGAACCUUCUUUGGGAUGAAAUCAAGACCAUGAGUUUUACACGUACUUUCACAUCGAUCUAUUCGGUCACAUUAUUGACCAUGUUGACACAUAUCCAGUUGAACCUUUUAGGCAGAUUUACUUACAUCUGGUCUGUAUCUGUACUGAAUAAGAGCGAACCCACAAUUAGAUUGCAACAAGAAGGAGCUGAACCAGAUGUCGGAUUCUUGGACCCACACAUUGAGCGCAUGUUUCUCAGCGCCAGUUGGUGGUUACUUCAUCGUGGCUGGAAGGCAAUUGCCGAACGAGUCUCAGAAGCCGUGAAUGAAAUAGUCUCCGAUAUACCUAUCAAGGGAUUUUUGGAUUAUCAAGAUGCAGAAAAACUUGUAUCUAAACUCAGAAAGCGCAUCGAAUUUGACCAAGAUGGUCAACCCAUCAGUUAUCGCCAAUAUAUGUUGCCUGAUACACGAGAAGAGGAAUUGGAAUUUUUGCGUGGUGCUGGAUUUGAGGAUUAUCCUGAAGACGAAACAUCCACCAUCUCGCUCAAGAAAUUAUUAGAUGAAACCAGGGAUUUCAUCGACAGUCCGGAUUUCCAUCCAGUUCUGUCAUCAUGCUUGGACGAGGUGUUUGCAAUCUUUGAUCACCACGCAUUUGGCAAAACAUUACUCCACGAGCCCAUGACAUCGGGUAUCCAGGAAAUUACAAAUGCCGAAGCAUUACAUUUGGAACAAGGCAAAAAAGUCAUUCUUGCCAAUCUUUUACCCACCAUUAGUAGACAAGCACAUUUGAUUAUUGCGGGCAACGAAUACCUGAACGCGUUUGCAUAUAUCAAAGAGUUACAGGCCUUUUCCGCAUUAAUUUAUACUCAGUACGGGGAUGAACCUAACAGCGCGUAAAAAUAAAAAAAUGAAUCGUAGAGUUACACGGAUUUAAAUUGACAGUUUAGUGCUUUGGCACUUUAAUUAUUUGACAACCCUGUUUAUAAGGGAGAAGUGCGGGCUACUAAUACAGUUUUCACAGACAAUGUUUACUUUCAGGAAGGCCACUCGAGUUGCAAAAAGUAGGAAAACUGACGAUAAAUAAAACAGAGCCUAAAAAAUAAAAAGUGAGAUUAAACAGAGAAGAGUGAACUCAUUGUAGUGUCUAAUAUCUCCUUUUGAUGCUUUCGUUUCAAAACCUUGGAUGAAGCAACGUGCUUACUUGUUUGGAC